CGUGUCUUUUGUUCUUAGAAAGAGUAUUUGACAAGUUUUUGCGCAAAAAAGCUAAGACAACAAAUUUAGUAUAAAAAGGUUAUGUUUCUCAUGCCGAGCUAGCAGUUUUGUUUAGAAAAUAUGAAAUUCAUUAGCACGUUAUUAUUUGUUAUCGCGUUUGUAGCGACCUUAAGCGAAGGACAAAGUCCAGGUGUUGCACCAAUUGUGGAAUCCAAACCACCAAAAGGUGCACUGCUUGGAUCACAAGUGGGAGUCGGAGGAUCAAGUGAUAAUGGUGAAGCACUAGAUAAUGGAACGAAUGAUGAAAGUGACGGACAAGAUAGUGUAGCGGGAUUACCACAAGGUGAAGCCGGUAGCCAAGGUGAUGAUAGUGAAGAACCCGAUGCAGAAGCAGCUAGUAAUGAUGAAAGUGAAGAACAACAUGGUGACUUUAGACUACCAAAAAAUGAACCGAGCACAUCAGUUAACGGAUCAGAUGAAGAUGAUGAUGAAGAAAAUGGUGAAGCAGAUAAUGAAGAUGAAUUAGUGCUUGAAGAGAUAGAUGUAGAAGGAUCCGGCGAUGAUGCAACAAAUGCAAUUGAUGAAGAAGCAGAUUUUGAAGGUCUCGAAUUACCAGAUGCAGAAGGAUUCGGUGAUGAUGAAAGUGAAGGACAAUAUGGUGACUUUAGAUUACCAAAAGAUGUACAAAGAGCAGCAGUUAGCGCAUCAAACGAAGUCGCUGAAGAACAGAUUGGAGACGAAGAACCAGUUAAAGACAGCGAAAGUCCAAGAGAGGAAUCAAAUGUUGAUAAUGAACUUUAAAAUGGAUGUAAAGGAAUUUUCGGAUUUCAAUUAAUGCAUGGACAAGACGCAGAAGCUCAAACAAAUUAUUAUUUUCUACUUCUUCACA